AUGUCGUCGAUGCGAAAUGCCGUCCAGCGGCGCAACCACAAGGAGCGCGCGCAGCCCCUCGAGCGCGAGAAAUGGGGUCUUCUCGAGAAGCGCAAAGAUUACAAGCUGCGCGCAGCCGACCACCGCGAAAAGAAGGCCAAGCUCAAGAUCCUGAGUGAGAAGGCGCGCGACCGCAAUCCCGAUGAGUUCUCGUUCAAGAUGAUGUCGUCGCAUGUGGACAAGCAGGGCAGGAAGGUGGCGGACCGUGGCAACAAGGCGUUGAGCCUGGAUGUCGUCAAGCUGCUCAAGACGCAAGACGCGGGGUACAUCCGCACUAUGCUCCAGGUUACGCGGAAAGAAAGAGAGGAGCUGGAGCGGAAGCUGGUCAUGGAGGAGCAGGGCGAGGUGCGGGCGUUGAAGGACGGGGAGCGGGCCAAGCAGGGCAAGCACAGGGUUUUCGUUGACAACGAAGACGAGCAGGACGAGUUCGACCCGGACACGUGGUUUGGACGUGGCGAGCAGAUGCCUCGGCGAGCAGAACCGCCCACCUUUGGCGACCUCCAAGACGAGCUAUUACAAGACGAAGAAGCACCUACGCAGCAGUCCAACACGCUGUCCAAGAAGCAGAUGGAGGCACAGGAGCAAGCGCGGCGCGAGGCCAGGAAAUUCCGCAAAGACCGAGAGCGCGCCCUGGAAAGGACCGCCUCGAAACUGCAAGGGAUCAAGAGGCGGGAACGCGAGUUGAUGCUCGCCGAGGAGGAGCUGGAGUUGCAGCGCGCCAAAAUGAACAACACAGUGGGGGGCGUCAACAAGCACGGCGUCAAGUUCAAGAUCCGCGAGCGCAAGCGCUGA